GCCUGGCGACCCGGAAGUUGUACUUGCAACUGCGGCUUUCCUUCUCCCACAAUCCUUCGCGCUCUUCCUUUCCAACUUGGACGCUGCAGAAUGGCUCCCGCAAAGAAGGGUGGCGAGAAGAAAAAGGGCCGUUCUGCCAUCAACGAAGUGGUAACCCGAGAAUACACCAUCAACAUUCACAAGCGCAUCCAUGGAGUGGGCUUCAAGAAGCGUGCACCUCGGGCACUCAAAGAGAUUCGGAAAUUUGCCAUGAAGGAGAUGGGAACUCCAGAUGUGCGCAUUGACACCAGGCUCAACAAAGCUGUCUGGGCCAAAGGAAUAAGGAAUGUGCCAUACCGAAUCCGUGUGCGGCUGUCCAGAAAACGUAAUGAGGAUGAAGAUUCACCAAAUAAGCUAUAUACUUUGGUUACCUAUGUACCUGUUACCACUUUCAAAAUUCCUGUGCUAAACAGUGUUACAGUCACCAAGAGCCCAUAAAGGGAGCCCUCCUGGAAGUGGAUGAGGCCUUGGGUCUCGGCUCUUCAUUGCUUCCUGAGCUGCAGCAGAUGCCUUUACAACCAAGCUCACCGAGGACGUCUGUCUCCCAUAUUACCCUGGCAGAGGGCCAGGCCUGUUCUACACGGCCGGGGUUUCAGCAAGGUACUGAUGUUUUCUGCCCUUGCCUCUUCGACAGGCAAGUAAUAAGACUUAAGUGAAGAGAAUUCUUUAGGCACACAAAUUCACAUUUGAUGUAAUCUCAUUAUACUUCCUGAUCUGUGAUUGAAAACUUUCAUUUCGUAACUAGUAUGUCUGUCCCACCUUUAAAAAGUUUUUCAUUAUGAAAGUAAGUAUUUGUUAGAAUUAAGUCUAUUUAAAUGAAAAAAACUUAGAUAUGAGUCUGCAUGGCCUCAGGAAAAUGAUGUUUUAAAAUAGAGAUUUUAGGUUGUCUGCACUCUAGCUUUUUUGUCGUUUUCUUAAGGCUUUUUUAACUGCAUCAAAAAUUCAGAUACGAAACAUACACUAAAAAAUAAUACAUCAUAUCUUAAUUUCCACUGAACUUGAUUUAAAUUCAGAGUUACACAGUAUGAAUAUCACAAUCAGAUAUGUUCAAAAAGGUCUGAACAAUUGAUUUUCUGAAACCAUGAAGGACUACAAAUGCUUCUAAUAAAUCAAUGUAAUUAAAA